UAGGAGUGCAUGAUAGAGAGAAAACAGAAAGGUGUUUAUAAACUAAAAGAUGUUCAACUAAAGAAACUAAAAGAUGUUCAACUGAAGAUCCUCUAUUUUUGUCGCCACUAGAAGAAAUUUGCGCAGAAACACCGUACAGAUGAUCAUGACAUCCGAGUGCAGAGAGUGCGAGGACGUAGCUACGUCAUAGGUCAUAGGUCAUGGCCUUCAUAAGCUGCGACUUUGCAUAUAAAAACCGAACAACUUCUUGCUCUUAUUCACUGUUACUCAGGCAUCACAGCCGAACGGAAAAGGGGGAGGCAGAGAGAAAGAGAGGGAGAGUUAAAGUGGAUGCAGAAGACGUUCAAGAAAACCGACGAGAAGUUAACAGUUAAAACCUGGGAACGAAAGGCUGACAGGCACUGUUAUACACUUCUGCAAGGUUCACUUUUCUGCAGUUAUUGCUUUUCUUGAACGCGGCAUUUUUCAGGUACCAGUAUAAGUAUACCGGAGUAAAGAAGAGUACAUACAACCCCGAAAGAAGCUCCAGUUAAAGUGUGAAAAUGCUUGCAGCGACGUCCAAAGUUCGAAGUGGGCUGCAUUUGAGGUGUGUCAACGCGGCCGUCAGGAAGUACAACGACCAUGCCCGAUACCACCGUUCUAACAGCGCGGGCACAGGGCCACCUGGGCCGCUUGGAACAUCUAAGACCUCAGCCGCUCACAAGGGGAACCACGCCCCCUGCAGGAGCGUCAUGUUUAUGGACAGAAAAACCGUGACGUCAGGAAAGGUGAAGUUCCAGAACGCUGACGUCUACAUCCUCGAUAUGGAGGACAGCGUACCGAUUGAUGAAAAAGACGCCACGAGAGAGGCAGCCGCCAGGUUCAUCCAGCAAUGGAACCUUCCUCAGCCUCUCUACGUGCGCACGAGCUCGAUUGGAGAAGCUCACGAGGAAACGGUGAAGGAUUUUGAGUUCCUCUCCCACCAAAACCUAACCGGAUACGUGCUGCCGAAGUUAUCGUACAAGGUCGAGUUGCAAGAGUAUACCCGCCUAGCAGCAUGCCAAGAAACACAGAAAAACCUCCCCGAAAACCACUUUCGUUUCUUCCCUAUUCUUGAGACAGCACAGGGCGUGGCUAACUGCCAUGAACUCGUCCAGUCAGGAGUCACGAGACAUGCAAUUAUUUCGCUGGGGACUUAUGAUUUUGGGAAUGAUGUCCAAGCAGAUUUUGUUGGAGAAACAAUGUUUCACGCCAUGAAAGAUGUUCUCUUGGCGACCAGAGCUGCAUCCUUGCCGAUGAUAUGGGGUAUUUACGUUCUACUUGGUGACUUUUCUGGCCUAGAAAAAUUAUCUCAAAAGGCUAAAGAAAUCGGCUGCAGCGGCGGGUUUGCUUUGACGCCUGCCCAGGCGGUGAUCCUCAACCGAGUCUUCUCUCGGUCGUUCCGUGAGAUGAACCACAGUCGCGACAUUGUUCACAUGAAAGAAAAUGGCGGUAUCAACAUGUAUUAUCCGCAUCACCAACAAAGUGGAGUUAUGCUUGGACCACCGUUGUUCAAAAAAGCAGAAAAUAUCCUGAGGAUGGCCAGCCUAGAGACUGAAUACGAUCAGGUGAAGGCUCAAGGCCCGCACAAAUCCGCACCUGUUCAAGAAACGGUUGCUCUGCCUUUAGAAGAGGCCACUAAUGAAACAAGAACUGUUUCAUUAAAGAACAAAUCUCCUGGCUUCCAGCAAAUAUCGCUUCCCCAGCAAACAAGUGGCCAACCACUGUUUCGAACCACACCCGAUCUUUCGUCUUUUCUAUCAAAAGCAGACUACGAUGGAGAGCACCUUCAACCUCAGGCUGCGUUUGCCACAGCUAGUUUGGCAUCAAAACCAGAACUAUUUUUUGAUGACGACAUGGCACGUGCACGCUGGGCUCCAGGCAACCAAUCAAAAUUCAAACGAUGGAGACGAGAUGAACCAAUCAGAACCCCGCAUGAAUUGACCAUUGACCCGGCUAUUUCGAAGCUUUGGAAUUCUUCUUUUUAUUGCAACUCGCUACUUGCUAGCAGUCGACAGUUUGCCCUUGACUGUGGGAUGGAAGAAACUCAGCCGCCACUGCAACUGCUGAUGACGGCAACCAUUGCUAUGGCGGUUAGCAGUUUUACAGAGCACUGCAGGUAUCAUUUGGGUUUCCAAAAUGCGCAACAACGUCGACCAAUCAAAGGCGGAGAAACUGUCACAGCGACGGUACGCGUGGUUGACGUACGUCCGACAAGUGGCGGGAGGUACGACGUCGUAACGUCUAAGCACGAGCUGGAGGAUUGCCAUGGAAACGUUCUUUUCACCGUCGGGAAGAAGUCCAUGUUUCCGGCUGGUAUGUUUCCACAUAUUGGACGUUGCCCGGAGGGAGACAGAAAGCCAACGACGAAAAACCCAAUGCAGGAAAUGGUUGAGACGCAGCACCAACUCCGCAGCCACAUCACUGACGGUGUUGAGCCGCUGGAACAAUCAGAGCUGUACGUUCAUCGUCUUGUGAAGGUGGUGGAAAGUUACGAAUCGAGAGCCUUCUGUCAUCAGUUCUGGAUUACAAAUGAACAUCAUCUUAACAGCAUGAAGUUUUCGGCGACAGACUUGCUGGUCCCUGGGCCCCUGGUGACUGCGGCCUCCCUCUCUAACACUGGCCUGGACUAUGGAUAUGUCUUAUAUGAAGAGAUCCUGGAGGCCAAGAAUAUAAAUAGGGUUGCCAUGGGUGAUAUGAUUUCCUCACUGUCACUAAUACUGGAUGUUCGACCUAACCCUGCUAAUCCAGCGCUGGAGGAGGUCACAUCAAGGGUGUUCGGUUUGAUCAACAUCGAACCAGAGGAACUGAGGGAGCUCUCUGUGCCGCGUGACGUCGUGGAGUCUGCGCAUCUAAAACCCUCCGAAAUGGAAAAGAUAUUUAUCAACGAUUGUCCGCAGCUCUUCAAAAAGGUGGCUUCUGUCACAACGCGGAGAAUACUGCGUCCCUCUCCCACGUGGAUGCUGUGAUCAUUGAUCUAGGCUAAUGGAAAGCGUUCGAACAAUCUUGACUCAGACACGUACAGUUCUUCAAUCCAGCCAUAUGGAACUCGAGAAUGCAUUGCUUAGAACUUGGACAUUACCAAUAUACAAGUU